CUAUUGUUGGGGGCAACUUCAGCAUUCUGUCUGCCACCCUAACUGAAUGCAAACUCUAUACUCCCAUGUACUUCUUCCUGGGAAAUCUAUCCCUACUGGAUGUUCAGUGUGUCAGUGUCACAGUUUUUGCUAAGUAGAGGCAUUUCACAUCCAAUGACAGAAACAUACCCUACAGGGCCUGCCUCUCCCAGCUCUUCUUCUUCUACCUCCUGGCUGGGGCAGACUGCUUCUUGCUGACUGUCAUGGCCUAUGAUCGAUACCUGGCUAUCUGUCAACCUUUUACUUACAGCACUCGCAUGAGCUGUGAAGUCCAGGGUGCCCUGGUGGGCAUUUGCUGCACUGCAUCCUUCAUCAAUGCUCUGAACACUGUGGCUGUGUCUGUGUUUGACUUCUGCGGCCCGAAUGUAGUCAACCACUUCUACUGUGACCUGCCACCUCUUUUCCAGCUCUCUUGCUCCAGCAUCCACCUCAAUGGGCAGCUGCUUUUUGUGGGGGCCACCUUCAUGGGGGUGAUCCCCAUAAUCCUUAUCUCAGUGUCCUAUGCCCACGUCGCUGCUGCAGUAUUACGAAUCCACUCAGCUGAAGGGAGGAAGAAGGCAUUCUCCACGUGUGGCUCCCACCUCACUGUGGUCUGUAUCUUUUAUGGAAAUGGCUUCUUCAGUUACAUGCGCCUGGGUUCAGUUUCAGCCUCAGACAAAAACAAGGGGAUUGGAAUCCUCAAUAGUAUCCUCAGUCCCAUGCUGAACCCAGUUAUUUACAGCCUCCGGAACCCUGAUGUGCAGGGUGCCCUGAAGAGGGUGCUGACAGGGAAGAGGUCUCCAGCAUGA